CCCUGGUACACACAGGCUGUGGACAACGCCCCACGUAAGAUUACGUGCGAUUUGCUCACCCGCAAAACUUUCAGUCAGAUAUUUCAACUAUAUAGACAGCUGUAAACUUGCAUCGUCUGUUCAGUCUGAGGAAUAUUCCACGAUGGCAUGUUAACGUGCCCAUUCCAUCCGGCAACAGGAAGCGACCACAUUGCUGCAUCAUGACACCAACGGCACUCUUAGCCUUAAUUGUAUUGGUGAUGCCGUCACCAAUCUGGACACACUCAAGGGGUAUCCACCUUAGCUGUCCACAGGAUGGUUGGAACCUCUUGGAUGGCUCCUGUGUCAAGUUGCUGAAGGAUCAUAUACAGGGAUGGAAAGCAGCCCAGUCCUUCUGUCAAAGUGUUGGAGCACGUCUGGUCAGGCUGGAUGACCAUUGGAUGACACAGAUGGCUGGAGAGCUGGCCGAAGUCUCCAACUUUUGGAUUGGAUUCAGCACAAAUUCACAGAAGCAGUCCACAUGGGCAGAUAACUCUGUCAGCUCUCCGUCUGUGGGCUUUUGGUCAGAUGGGUUUCCUUACCCUGCUGAAGACAAGUGUGUCUAUGUGACAAAUUCAUCCGGGUUGUAUUUGUGGAGUGAGGGGUCCUGUGAUUUACUGAUGAACUACAUGUGUCAGCGCUCUGCCUGCUCACAAGGUUCAUUUCACUGUAGCAGAGACGCCUGUAUUAAUGAGAAGUGGGUGUGCGAUGGGGUUGAUGACUGCAGGGAUUACUCAGAUGAACUUGGAUGCAGUUCAAGAUGUUCAUAUCAUCAGAAAGGCUCUGUGGGAACCAUCACACAGGGUGACCUGUCACAGGACAUCUGCUAUUGGUUAAUUGAGGGACCAAUGGGAUCUAACAUCAAGCUCAAUGUACGCACUCACCUGCAUUCCAGUGUCUGACUUUG